GCGCUGCGCUCUGCUUCUUCUUCUCUUCUCUUCUCCCUCGGCUUCGAGGGGGAGGGUUAUUUUUAUUUAUUUCUUUCUUUCCUUUUUUUUCUUUUCUAUUUUCUUUCUUUUUUUUUUCUUUUUGGGUUUUUUUCCUUCGUCCUCCCGUUGGGGUUUUGCGCCCCGACGAACCCUAAUAAUCGCCGGGGACCGACCGGCGGCCGAUCGCCGCGCCUCGCCCGCCCGCCAGCCCGCCGGCAUGCACCCGCAGCGGAUGAAGCAGGCCGCGGCGCAGCAGCAGCUGAUGCAGCAGGCCCUGCUCCUGCAGCAGCAGCAGGCGCAGCAGCCGCCCUUGUUCCCGGGGCACCACCACCCGCACCCCGGCCUCCUCGCCGCGCCACAGAUGGAGCCAAUAGUUAGUGGAAACCUGCCUCCUGGGUUUGAUUCGAGUACAUGCCGCAGCGUGUAUGUUGGCAAUAUCAGUCUUCAAGUGACGGACACAGUACUGCAGGAAGUCUUCCAAAGUAUUGGUCCAGUAGAAGGGUGCAAACUCAUCAGGAAAGAAAAGUCAUCCUUUGGUUUCAUUGACUACUAUGACCGCAGAUAUGCUGCACUAGCAAUUUUAUCUCUCAAUGGCAGACCACUGUAUGGUCAGCCAAUAAAAGUUAAUUGGGCAUAUACAAGUACUCAGAGGGAGGAUACAUCAGGUCAUUUUAAUAUUUUUGUUGGGGAUCUUUGCCCAGAAGUCACUGAUGCUACUUUGUUUGCAUUUUUCUCUGGAUACUCUACCUGCUCAGAUGCUAGGGUUAUGUGGGACCAGAAAACAGGACGAUCCAGAGGGUUUGGUUUUGUUUCUUUCAGGAACCAGCAGGAUGCUCAAAGUGCGAUAAAUGACUUGAAUGGGAAGUGGCUUGGCAACCGUCAAAUUCGUUGCAAUUGGGCAACGAAAGGUGCCAAUGCUGGUGAAGAGAAACAGAUUGUGGACUCCAAGGUUGACCUGACAAAUGGCACAUCAGAAUCUGGAAAAGAGAAUCCAAAUGAAGAUGGUCCUGAAAGUAACCCUCAGUUUACUACUGUCUAUGUUGGCAAUCUUCCUCACGAGGCUACCAACAAUGAUGUGCACCUGUUUUUCCAUUCACUUGGGGCUGGCUCAAUUGAGGAAGUCCGUGUAACUCGUGAUAAAGGCUUUGGUUUUGUAAGGUACAGCACCCAUGAGGAGGCUGCGCAGGCAAUUCAGAUGGCUAAUGGCCAACUUAUUGGCGGGAGGCAGAUAAAGUGUUCCUGGGGAAGCAAACCGACUCCACCAGGGACAGCAUCCUCGCCUCUGCCUCCUCCAGCACCGGCACUGUUCUCCACUGGAGUGUCGCCGACAGACUUCCUGGCAUACCAGCGCAUGGCCCUGAACAAGAUGGCCACGAACCCAUCCCUAAUGGGUCAGCACGCCUUGAAUCAGGUCGCACUGGGGAUGGGUGGCCGAGCCAGCCAGUCCAUCUAUGAUGGCGGCUUCCAGGGCAUCAGUACUGCCGCCGCCACAACCUCCGCCCAGCAACAACAGCAGCAGCAGCAGCAGCUCAUGUACUACUAGAGUACUACUACUCCAUGAGGCACCAGCUACCUAUCUCUUAAAGAGGAAGGCGAGGAUGAAUGGAUGAUGCCCCUUGCUACACCCUUAUACAUAUAGUAGAUGAUGUACUACCAGGACCUUUUUUAUAAUCUUUUAAGACCCAUCUAAGUAACAUGUCCUCUCUAUGCUAGCUAUAUAUAUCUAUAUACACCCUAUAACGUAUGUAUUUCUGGAUACAUGAACACCCCAAGGUUCUUAGUAUAAUCUUCUGUGUUUGACCAUC